UGCAGGGAAGAAGCAUGUUUGCGGGUUAAAAGAGAAUCGAAUAGUGAUAUUUGCGAGAAUAAAAACAUACAUUUGAUACUUUUACAUUCUUACAUGUGACUCAAAAUUGUUAAUAUAACUGUUAAUAGGAUACCGUCUCAGACAUACUGAUAGGGUUCCUCAAGAUGAUGGAAUCGUGUUUAAAUCAUAAACCUGAGAGAGUUGGCUCAAUAACGGUUGAUGACCUCAAGAAAGAUCUUUUCGCCGAGUUCUCCAAGUUAUCAAGGGACUCGGUAUCGCUGGAAAAGGGGCAUUUGCAGGUCUAUCUCCGUGUACGCCCAUUCACUACUGUAGAGAGAACAGAAGGAGAAUCACAGGAGUGCAUCUCAAUUGAGCCUCCAGAUACUGUGAUUCUGAAGGCACCUAGAGCAUCUUUGACAGCCAGACACAGUGAGAGGUUUGGGCUACAGCUGGUGCAACGAUUUCAGUUCUCACAGGUGUAUGGUCCAGAAACAACACAAAGAGAGAUAUUUGAUGGAACAACCAAAUCCCUUGUGAAAGAAGUUUUGGAUGGAGGGAAUUCCUUGAUCUUUACAUAUGGGGUUACCAAUGCUGGAAAGACAUUUACUUUUCUUGGCCCUGAUUCAGAUGGUGGUAUUCUGCCCAGGUCAUUAAAUGUGAUCUUUAACAGCGUAGAAGGCAGAAUUUAUUCUCAAAACAACAUCAAGCCUCACAGAUGUGUCGAUUUUACAAGACUCACUAAAGAGCAGCAGGAUGAGGAAGCUACAAAUAAGAGAAACCUCCUUCGCCGACUUAAAGACAUUGACUUCCAGAAAACCCUGUCUAGCAUGUCCAGUUCCAGUAGUUCAUCUUUUGAAAGCUCCACCUCUAGUGACAUGAAUCGGGACAGUGUCUGUUUGGAUGAGACCUCUCAUGUUAAAUUCUCUGUGUGGGUCUCCUUUUGUGAAAUCUACAAUGAAAACAUCCAUGAUCUGCUUGAUGUUGUUCCAAAUGGCUCUCACAGAAGGAGUGUUUUGCGGCUAGCCCAAGAUGUUAAAGGCAAUGCCUUUGUCAAAGAGCUAAAAUGGGUUCAAGUUAACAGUGCAGAGGAAGCAUUAAAAGUUGUGAAAAUCGGAAGGAAAAAUCAAAGUUUUUCAUCCACCAAGCUGAACAAUGUCUCUAGCAGAAGCCACAGUAUAUUUUCCAUUCGGAUCUUGCGGAUUGAAGAUGUGGGUGUUCCUCGGGUUCUGUCAAUAAGCGAGUUGUCAUUAUGUGAUCUGGCUGGAUCUGAGCGAUGUGCAAAGACUCAGAACCGAGGGGACCGCUUGAAAGAAGCUGGAAACAUCAACACUUCCUUGUUAACGCUAGGGAAAUGCAUCAAUGCUCUGAGGCUCAACCAAAUGCAACCCAAGUUUCAUCAGCAUAUCCCCUUCAGAGAGAGCAAACUCACACAUUAUUUGCAGGGGUUUUUCUGUGGCCGUGGAAAAGCCUGCAUGAUCAUCAACAUAAACCAGUGUGCCUCAAUGUAUGAUGAAACGCUGAAUGUGCUCAAGUUCUCAGCAGUGGCUCAGAAGGCGGUUGUCCUCAACUCUAAGCCAGCUCCAAGCAUUGCACUCAAGAGAUCUGCCAGAGAUGUUUCCAUGAUAAUCAAUAACGCUGACAAGAAAGAUUGGACCAGGAGAAGCUCGCUCAUGGGCUGGGAGAUGAGCCUAGAGGACGUGCAGGAGGAUGAAGAUGAUGAAGAAAUGGGUGAGGAUGAUGAUGAGGAGGAGGAAGAGGAGAGUGACGAUGAGAACAUGGAGGACAACACUGUCCUGGAGGCUGCUGAAAGUCAAGAGCUGUGUGAGCUUCAGGUGAAAAUUGAAGCGCUUAAAGAGAAGCUGUCCAGAGAGGAGUCUGAAAAAUUAACUAUGGAAUCUCGUAUUCGUGAAGAAGUCACUGCGGAGUUUAUGGAGCUGUUUUCUAACAUGGAAAAAGACUACAAUGAACGUCUCCAAAGAGAAAAAGAAAUUGUUGAGGAAAGAGCAGAAAGGAGGCUUGAGAUACUGAAGAAUCUGGUCAACAGAACUAUCGGGGAAAUGGCCGCUCUUAGCACUGAUGAAAAUGCUGAAAAGGAGGCUAAGAUUGAGCUUUUGGACAGCAUGAUUGAGGCAAUGCGAGAUGAUCUAGCUAAGAUAAAAGGAGAUGCAGAAGCAGUACAGAAUUGCUUGACAAAUGUCCCUGAAUCACCCAGAGCAAUCAGUCAUCUCAGGACACAACUGGAGGAGAUGAGAGAGGAGCUUCUAAAAAGCCAACAACAGCUCGGUCUUAAAGCCAAAGAGUUUGAAGCAACAUGUGUUCAAGUGCAGGAAUCAAAGGACCAGCUUCUCCAAGCAAAUAGAAAUUAUGAAAACCAGAAACAGAGAUGUCAGGAACUUAUGUCAAUCUGCCAGGAGAAAGAUGACAUGAUGUCUACAUUACAGACUGCUUUUGAUCAAAGUGUGGAGGCAGCUACUAAAGAUAGGGCCUUGCUUCUGCAAGAACUGAAGAUGAAAGAUGAGCAGCUGAAUGAACUUAAACUUGAGCAUUGUUCACUUGAGAAAACAGUGUGUGAUCUGUCUGAUAAACUGGCAGAGCAGACUCGCGCACAUGAAGCCACUGUGGCACUGGAGAGAGCAGAGGUCAACAAAGUCACAAAUGAGAACAAGACUCUUGCCAGUGACCUACAUGUACUUCAGGAGGCAGCCAAUGACAUGAGCUCAGAGCUCAAAACUAUGCACAUGGAGUUGAGCACUCAGACAAAGAUCGCCAAUGAGCUUUCGGAAAAACUUGAUGCAGCCAAAGCUUUAAUUAAGGAACAUCAAGCAGACUCUUGCAGUCAGUCCAAAACUAUUGAAUCCUUAAUGACGGAGGCAGAUCGUUUGCGUCAAGAACUCCAGCUCCGCCAGCUCUCAAGUGACAAAACGGAGGCUGAAUGUGAGAGGAUGGUGGAGUUAUCGCAUGAGAAGAGCCGACAGAUCAAUGACCUGGAGCAGGAGGUCAGUCAGACCCGAGCAAACAUGUGCCAGCUGGAGGAGCUCUGCAGUCAGCUUAAAUAUGAGCGUGAUGCUCAGGCACAGGAGUACCAGGGCCUACUGAGCCGUUAUGAAGCGCAAAAGUUUGUUGUGGCCCAAAUAAAAAGCAACUCUGAACUCCUGGAAGAGCUGACUGCUCUGAAACAUCAGCAGGGUAGGAUAGAAGAACAAGAGCAAGACUCCAGAGAUGAUUGUUGGAAAACUCUGCAGGACAAACUCAUUCAAACGCUGAGCAAACUGAACCAGCACGAGGAGGUUCUGAACAUAGUGAGAACUAUUGUAGAGAAUGAGAUCUCUAAGGCAAGAGAUGAAGCCAAGAGGAGAAUAACUGCGAUGGAGAAAGAUUUGGCACAUAAAGAUGCAGAACUAGAGACUAAAACUCAAGAGCUUUCAAAGUUGAGAGACCUUGUGAACGAUGGACUUAAUAAAAUCAAGACCUUGAGUUGGGAUUUGCAGCAGGUGGAGAAGGAGAGAUCUGAUGUCAGAGAUCAUUUAUGUAAGGCUAACAUGCAGAAGGAACAGCUAGAGAAACAGAUUUUGAUCUUAAGUGAAGAAAACAAAAUGUUUCAGCAGAGGCUAUGUGAAGUAAAUAAGCUGAGGGAUCAGGCUGGACACACUUUGAGCUGUAAAGAGCAAUCUAUUGACCCACAGCAGACUGUGACGUCUAACCAUUUCAUAGAAGAAAACAUACAGCCUUUCCAAACAACCUGUCAAGAUCCUUUGGCAGAGCAGAAGCUGAUUGAGGACACGUGUGUGAACUUGAAUAAAGAGUGCACACAGACAGAUGACGGGGAAUUGCUGGAGGCCAGACUGAAUGAGGUUGAAUCCAUAACUGAAGAUUUUGCAAAACUGCGGGAGAUGUAUCAGAGCCCAAGUGUUGGUGUUUUGGGUAAAGCUCAGCAGGAAGAACGGAGACCUUGUAGACCUGCGGAAAACACAAAGCAGCCUAAUGAGGAGCAGGCAGAUGAUGAGCAGGAAAAGGGGCUGGAUGGAGCAGCCGUGGGGAAAGUGGCUCAGGCAGCAUGGCGACUAGAGGGUGACCAACAGGACAGGCAGCAGCUGGAGCUGGAAAUACUAAAGCAGCAGCUAGCUGAGAAGCAGGAUGCCAUUGUGAAACAAAGGCAAAAAGAUGAUUUGACUGGUUCUCGUAAAUCUGAUAACCAGAAAGCUGACAGUCCCAAACAGACAUCAAACGUGAAGACAGAAAAUGAAGGCGAAUCUUUUAUUCUAACACAAGAGCAGGUGGCAGUACUCAACUCCUCUGUCCUGUCCACAAAGAGUCUCAGAGAAGCACGCUUCCCCAAACCUGAGCUAGAAAUCAGCUUUACACCACUUAAACCUGACCGAAUUAAUGUCAAGAAACCAGGAGAAGAGUCUGUCACGAUAAAACUCCGACGUACAGCCAGAAAGAGAAAGAGCCCAGAGAUGGAGAACUCUGUGGAGUCAGAAAAUCAUAAAAACCGACGGCUGAAGGUGAACAACAGGGAAAACAUUCAGGCUAUUGAGACUCCCACAGUGCAGGGGAAAAAGGUGAGUCAAUUAAAGCAGAAAGACUCCCCUACCAGCCUGAAAGGUAAAAAAGGCGGAGCCCUGCAGAAGAUUGGUGACUUUAUCCAGAGCUCUCCAACCCUCUUUGGGAGCAAAGCCAAAAAGAUCAUGAGUAUGGUGAAUGUUAAAUCCCCCGAACCACUGAAUCCUUCUGAAAACAACAAACCCAAGAGAUCCAAACGAAAGCUCUUCAAGACUCAGGUUUCCUCCCCUAUGGACAUACCCUCCUAUCCUAUUUUCGGAGGCAGCGAUGAUGAUAAAGAGAGCGAUCAUCUCAUAAUCAAGAGAAAACUCAGAACAAGAACUGCCAAGAGAUAAUGCAAAUAUUAAUUUGAUGGCCAAAUGUAAUUUAUUUUUUUCUUUUAAGUUGUUUGUCAUACAUUUUGUUUGUUUAAUAUCUUAAUGUUGUUGAGUUUUUUUUGCCGUCAACACUGGAAAUUUUAUUUUAUGUUAUAAAUAUUUUAUAAAUGUAGUUCACCACCAUUUAAAAAAAAUGUUUCCUUUUUUAAAUUCAGCUUUUGGUUUUUUGAUCUGUGGUUAU